ACACUGUGUUAGAGAACGUGAAAAUGAUUUCAUUUUGGAUAGCUCACUUAUGAUCCACAAAGGGUGUUGUGGUAUUGGUUUUGAUAAAACUUCACAACCAAUAGGAAUCUUUUUUGAGUUAGUGUGGACCGGCCUUAAUACUGGAAAUAAUCCUGUUGGCCAGGACCCCAGAGCUGCACAGAUGAGAAAAGGAUGCAGGAAAUUCUGUUGUUUACACAUGUGCCUGUAACACUGAGCCGCUGGAGCAGCCCAGCAAGCCCAGAGGGUACCUAUGUACUCUGAAAUACUUACUAGCCAACAGCACAAUCACACAAAAAAUUGCUAUGGUUUAAGUAAGAAAGGGCAUGAGAAGAUAAAUAUGAAUUUAGAUUCCAUUCAUCGGUUAAUUGAGGAGACACAGAUCUUCCAGAUGCAGCCGACAUCAGUUAAACCAGUUUGUGACCUGGCAGCGCCUGCCUCGUCCCCCAGGGACACCUGUAGCUCCUGUUUGCCACUCUAUGGGCUGCAAUCGCAUCACGGUCACAAGUUCUGUGCUCGCUGGUGCAGCACCAGCGACUGGGAUCUCUGUGAAGAGCUCCGCCUGCGGGAACUGGAGGAGGUCAAGGCCAGAGCGGCUCAGAUGGAGAAGACCAUGCGGUGGUGGUCAGACUGCACUGCCAACUGGAGAGAAAAGUGGAGUAAAGUUCGAGCUGAAAGGAACAGCGCCAGAGAGGAAGGAAGACAACUCAGAAUGAAAUUAGAGUUGGCCAUGAAGGAACUGAGUGCCCUGAAAAAGCAGCAAAGUCCGUCACAUCAAAAGGAGGAGUUGGAAACGAGGGUUUCCCAGGAUCCGAAGCUUGCUAGUUUCAUAGACGUGGCGUAUGCACAGAGAAACCCAUUUCAAAUUGGUCCCAAAAUGUGUGAGUCCAUCAGAGAGUGUUUGGGAAAGAGAGAAUUUCCUACAAAGGAGAACACAAAUAGUAAGGAAGAAGUUUCAGUUAUUGACCCACUAAGAUUAAAUGAGAUGAAACUCAAUCUAGAUUGUCCUGAUUUAUUCAAGAAUGGUGGUUCUGAAAAUUGUGCAAUGAGACCUGGAUUAAGACUGCAAGCAAUAAAUCUGCCUCUGGAGAAUAGAGUGUCUGAAAUUUCGGCUUUGCAGGUGCACUUGGAUGAGUUCCAACAAAUCUUAUGGAAAGAAAGAGAGAUGCGCUUAUCUUUGGAAAAAGAAAUCGAGCGCCUGGAGUCGGCUUUGUCUGUGUGGAAAUGGAAGUAUGAAGAACUGAAAGAAUUAAGGACAACAGACGUGAAAGAGUUUAACGUUCUUCAUGGUCAACAUAAAGAUGAAAUGGAAGAAAUAUCAGGAGAUAUAAAGGAAGGAUCUAAAUCUCAAAACACCAAGGACAGAGUGAUCUAUGAGUUAAGAGCAGAGCUGGGGAGAUUGCAGGCUGCGAAUACAUCAGAGUCGGACAAGAGGGAAACACUCGAAGCAGAAAGACGAGGACUGGAGAGAGAAAAUAGAAGACUAAAGGUCCAGGUGAAAGAAAUGGAAGAGCUCCUGGACAGAAAAAAUAGAUUAAGCGCAAACUCUCAAGGUCCUGAUUUCAAGACAUCACAAAUUGAACUGCAGGAGAAAAACAAGGAACUGUUGGACCUUCAACACGCCUACCAUGAGCUAAGCAGACAGCACCAGGCUAAGACAGCAGACCUGGCCCAUGCACACCACCUCAUGGGGCAAAGUGAGGCCGAAGUCAGGAAACUGAGACUUCGCGUGGAAGAACUGAAACAGGGGCUCCACCAAACAGAAGACAAGCUUCAUGAGUUCCUGAGUCAGAUUCAUAAGCUCCAGAGAUCUUUAGAUGAACAGAAAGAAACAAAUGAAAACUUGGAAAUGAAACUCAGGCACUUAAUAAACCGGCAAUUAUUUCACAAAAUGUGUUGAA